AUGCCAGGAGAAUAUGGCAGCUCGUCCACUCUAGAAGACUAUGGCAGCUCGUCCACGCCAGGAGAAUAUGACAGCUCAUCCACUCUAGAAGACUAUGGCAGCUCAUCCACUCUAGAAAACUUUGGGAGCUCGUCCACUCUAGAAGACUAUGGCAGCUCAUCCACUCUAGAAGACUAUGGCAGCUCAUCCACACCAGGAGACUAUGACAGCUCAUCCACUCUAGAAAACUAUGGGAGCUCAUCCACUCUAGAAGACUAUGGCAGCUCAUCCACUCUAGAAGACUAUGGCAGCUCAUCCACUCUAGAAGACGAUGGCAGCUCGUCCACUCUAGAAGACUAUGGCAGCUCGUCCACGGCAGGAGAAUAUGGCAGCUCGUCCACGCCAGCAGACUAUGGCAGCUCAUCCACUCUGGAAGACUAUGUCAGCUCGUCACCUCUAGAAGACUUUGACAGCUCGUCCACACCAGGAGACUAUGGCAGCUCAUCCACACCAGGAGACUAUGGCAGCUCACACAGGCCAGGAGACUAUAGCAGCUCAUCCACACCAGGAGACUAUAGCAGUUCCACCACGUCAGGAGACUAUGAAAGCUCGUCCACACCAGGAGACUAUGACAGCUCGCCCACGCCAGGAGAAUAUGGCAGCUCAUCCACUCUAGAAGACUAUCGCAGGUCAUCAACUCAAGAAGACUAUGGCAGCUCGUACACUCUAGAAGACUAUAGCAACUCAUCCACGCCAGGAGACUAUGGCAGCUCGUCCACGCCAGGAGAAUAUGGCAGCUCGUCCACUCUAGAAGACUAUAGCAACUCAUCAGCGCCAGGAGACUAUGGCAGCUCGUCCACACCAGGAGACUAUGGCAGCUCGCCAAGGCCAGGAGAUUAUAGCAGCUCGUCCACACCAGGAGACUAUAGCAGUUCGUCCACACCAGGAGACUAUGACAGCUCGUCCACACCAGGAGACUAUGGCAGCUCAUCCACACCAGGAGACUAUAGCAGCUCGUCCACUCGAGAAGACUAUGACAGCUCGUCCACACCAGGAGACUAUGGCAGCUCAUCCACACCAGGAAACUAUGGCAGCUCGACCAGGCAAGGAGACUAUAGCAGCUCAUCCACACCAGGAGACUAUAGCAGCUUGACUAUGGCAGCUCGUCCACGCUAUAAGACUGUGGCAACUCGUCCACUCUAG